AUGUUGAGAGGUGAAGGAAGCCAAGCGGCUGUAGCAAGAAAGCAAAAGGCAGAGAAAGCAAGGAGAAUGAGAGAAAGGAUGUCCAUAGAUGAAGAUUUGGAGUAUGUUAGAUCGAGGGAAGAGAGGAAUCAGCAGAUGAAAGAAUCUGAGGCAGGGGAUCAUGUCUCCUCUGAAGAGCAGUCUGAAAAGGGGAGUUAUGGCUCUCCAAUUCAAGGAGGAAGUGAUGAGAAUGAGAGUGAAGAGGAAGGAGAGGAGGUGAACCGAUUGGUUGAUGAGAGUGAUCAAAAGGGUAACCAAGAUGAGCCCAUGGAGGAGGCUGAGCAACAAGAGGAGGAAGAAGAACUCCCUAUGUACCAAGAGCAUUAUGAUGCUCUCUUCUCCAUGGACUUUGUGGAGACCAAGUACCCACAUGAUGACACAAUGAGGGCUCUUGGGAUCUUUGAUGAUGUGGAGCUGGUCCUCAAGAACAUGCGCUUGGCCAAGUUCUUCUCUUACCGCUUGGAGUCAUACAAGGAGCUUACUUGUGAGUUCUUGGCAUCAAUGAGGUUCCACGAGUAUGAGCAGCUCGAUCGAGCUGAGUUGGAUCAAGGUUGGGGAUGGAUCACGUUCUUGGCAAGGGGAGAAAGGAAGGCAAUUACCUUCAGGCAAUUGGAGAUCCUGUUCGGUUUCACUUAUGGAGAGGGAACCCAUUGGGAUAUCAAGGAGGAUGAGCUACAAAGGGUUUGGGCUACAAUCGCUGAUGGAGUAUACUCUUCCUCACGGUCUAAGGCAGCUCAAAUCAGGAGCCCAGUGCUGAGAUAUGUGCACAAGGCUCUCGCCAACACCUUCUUUGCAAGGAAAGCGACUGGGACAAUAAAUGAAGGAGAGGUGAAGCUCCUUGACAUGGGAAUCAAGCCCAUCAUCUCACGCACCAAGGAUGGGAAGAAAAUCAGGGGAGAUAGAAUCCAUGCAGGGAAUCUCAUGCCUCUCAUUGACCAGCUACUCUCCUACAAGACACCGCCUAUAGCACUCGAUUUCAAACGGGAAGGAAGCUUAGUGUUGGAGGAGUCAUCACGCCUAUCCUCUGUGCAGCUGGAGUCCAUUUGGACAAGAGAAGGUCUACUCCAGCAGGAUGGAUGGAUAUUAAGUUUUGCAAGACCAACCUCUUCAUUGAACACAAGGAGUUGGAUGGGAGGCUCCAAGGAUGAACCCCUCUGUUGUGGCUGCCCACAAGAGGAUUGGACUUCUCCAAAGGUUCAACAAGUGGCAAGGGAAAGCCAUGGAAAAGAUGCAAAAGUCCAUGGACAAGAUGGUGAGCAAGAUCAAAAGCUUGGAGAAGAAAGUUUCUGGUUCUUCAAGCAAGAAGAAGAAUACCCAUGGCCCCACUUUCCUAGGAGUAGAUCUCUCCUCACCACUCAAAGGAGGCUCUCCACCAAGAACCUCACAGAGCCUCUUCAUUUGAGCCAAGGGAAGGGGAAGACAACUCACAGAGAAGGAGGAAGAGCUCUAAGGUCAGACGCUCCAACUCGACCACCGGACUUGAUCGAGUCCAAACAGAGGAAACUCAACUCGAUCGAGCUGAGGGUCGAGUUGACCUGGAGGAGCCCCUGUUUGAGAACCCCGGAUUCGAGUACGACCCCACGCCCUACCAAGACUUCUCCCAGACCAACUGGACCCCCUACAACCGUUUCGAGCAAGCGCAGCUCCCAAGGCCAAGGAAGCCACACCCACUUUGAAGAUGAAGAAGAAGAAGAGGAGGAGCCGCAAGCUCGACCGAGUGAGGCGACCCAGUCGAGUGGAGUGCUCCUGAUGGCCGUCUACCAUCUCCAGACCACGACCUAG